AUGAUUUUGUACAAGAACAGAAUAAUCCAAGGGUACUAUCAUAUACGUUACACUAUGAACAUAAUUAAAGUGCAUAGAUUUAUUUGUAUUUUAUCAAUAACAUAUUUAUCACGAAUGAUAUUACACAGCCAAAAUUCUUUCGAUACAGUAUUGCAUAUUUCUGUACAUGACCGCAAUGAAUAUGUGUCUAGGACAAAUGGAAGAAAUCUUGCACAACGGUAUCCUUCAAGAGCAGCAUUAAAACGUGCUUAUGAUUGCGCACUUACAGAUGAUGAAAUUAUGCAACUUGCUGCAAUACUACAUGUAGAAUCAAUGAUUGCAGGUGAUAUAGCCACUGCCAUGAUAUUACGCUUGAAUGAACAAACAGGUCAUGUGAAUAUUGAAGAGUUAGUUAAGAACUCGCUGAAUCGACGUUUACGUGUGGAGAUGCCACAUUUUCCCGAAGAUAGAAAAGUAACUAUGCAGGCUAGAUUAACCCAGUUUGUUAAAGAAAUAGUCGCAAUUAGUCCGUUGAAUAAAGAUAUAAUUUUAUACAAGUUAGACUCCUAUAAGGUGGAAUUAGACGAGAGUAUAGAAGUAUUUCAGUCUGCUGCCAGAGAACAUACAGAACAAGGCAUAUAUGAACUUUUAAAUAAUUUGAAACUUAUAGGAAUAUCACUGAAUGCUAGGUUGAAAACUAGUGGUAUUAUAGUGAAUGAGAAUACAGCAGCUGCAAUGGUACUUCGAAUAAGGAAAAGAGUUUUGGAUAUUCUUGAAUUUCAUCGUGCUAUGCCAUCCCGUGCAAAUAGUAAAUGA